AUGGAUCCGAUUUCAGCCUUUGCGGUCGCCGGCAAUGCACUUCAAUUUGUCCAACUUGGGACUAACAUUGUUGUUGAGGCUUCGACAUAUGUUCGAAAAGGUGGCAGCGUCGAACAGCAGAAACUUCAAGAUCUCACACAACAGUUCUUUACUUCUACUGAACACCUCCGGCAGCAUCUAGAAAAUGACCUUGACCAACUGGCUGGCCCUGGUUACAAGCGUGCACUCUAUCUGGCCAACAGGCAAUGCCUGGAUCUUUCCAGCGAUUUCAUCAAAUUUCUUGACAGAACGAAGCUGUGCGGCUCUGGGAACCCUCUUCAAUCCGAGCUUGUCAGCUAUAGGACUCGACUCGAGCAAGUGAGAGCAAAUCUCACAUCAUCACUUCUUGUGUACAUCUCCGUGGAAGGUGGAACGACGUCGUCUCUUAGCCAGCAAAUAAACUCUUUGGUCGAACAAUUGCGAUUGUCAAAUUCCAUAAAACAGAGUGUCGAUCAACUGGCAACCGAUCUUGCUUGCGUUUCUAUCGACCAAAAGAACAUUAGGACAGCUUUGAGCGACUUUAGCGUGAAGACAGACGGGAAGUUGGUGGAGCUCUCUGAGGCCCUUGAGAAGAAACUGGUUCCUCUUUCCAGCACCCUUGUUACGAUUCAAGACAAACUCACUCAGCUCCAACCACUCUUGAAUAGGGACGUGGUUGCACGCCAAAAGGCUAUUGAAAGCCUUUUCUUUGAGGAGGUGAACGACCGGCGUAACCAAAUCAAGGGAGCGUACGGUGACACCUUCCAAUGGGUUUUGGAACACAACCAGCGUGAUCCUCUCCUUAUGGGUGCGUAUCUGGACUGGUUAGAAGGAUCUGUUCCAAGCAAUAUGUUCUGGAUCCGUGGAAAGGCUGGGUCAGGCAAAUCAACGCUGAUGCGCUACCUAGACGACCAUAUCGGAAAACAUGUUCUUGACAAGGCUGGGCUUCAGAGGGGCAACUAA